AUGAGUUCUAUCGCCAGAGUUAGAUCUCUUGAUCACCUUGUUCUGACAGUUCGAGAUCUGGACGCUACAGUUAAAUUCUACGAGAGCGUUCUGGGCAUGCAGCACAGUUCUUUUUCAUCACCAAAAGACCCCUCAAUUACCAGGCAUGCGCUCAAGUUUGGAGUGCAGAAGAUCAAUCUGCAUGUUAGUGGACACGAAUUCGAGCCAAAGGCGGGGACUGUGCAGCCAGGCAGUGGGGAUAUCUGCUUCCUUGCUGAGGACAAUGUAGACGAUAUCCUUGUCCGUCUUCAUGAGAAGGGGAUCCAGGUUCUUGAAGGGGGGCGUGUGGUUGAAAGAACAGGUGCACAAGGUAGACUACGGAGUGUCUACGUUCGUGACCCUGAUGGCAAUCUGAUUGAGUAA